AUGGACCUACCAUCUAGCAGAAGCUUCAUCGAUCAUUUGAUCACAGAACUAGCUGGCUUCAAAUCCCCAAGCGGGUCAGAACAGCUUCGAACCCAAGAAAGCUCUAACCCUCUGGCUAGUCUACCUGCAACACAACUAGCCAAAGUGAAACCAAUCAUUCUCACUCUACACUGCCUCUUCCCCAACGACUUCCUUCCAGCCCUUGACAUCCUAGACCGGAAGCUUGUGCAGCGCCUUGUCCUUGUGCGCACAGAGGACCAAGACCAGGGCCAAAACCAAGACACGGCAGCAACCGUCCCUGACCAGGACCACGCCACAGUUGCAGAUGGAAACACGACACAAACCACGGAAGAUCCCCGAAACGGUCAAACUAGUACGGGCCCACCGGAUGGCAUUUUCCUAGUGACAUCCGCAUCAGCAGCCCCACGUCAAAUAGCGGCAGCAGUAGCAGCAGCAACAGCAGCAGCAACAGCAAUACCCGGAGGAGGAGGUUCAACGCCAACGCCAACAGCCACGCAAGACCCAGAAAAGGGCUACGAAGUACGUCUAAAUGCGUGGAACUGCACAUGCCCCACCUUCACCCUCUCGGCAUUCAAAGAUCUAGAUUCUCGUCAGGGUUCUUCAACUACGACUAAUAUCGCCGAAACUCACCCGGAGAUGGAGAUCGAGGAGCUGCUGCAUGCCAGUGACCGGGAUGCGAAUGCGAAUGCACUGCCUGUUUAUCCAUUUGGUGGGACUCUCACCCGUGAUACAGACAAGGAGUCUCCGCCGGCCUGCAAGCAUAUUCUCGCUUGUAUACUGUUUGCUCGGUGUCCGGGUUUGUUUGGUCUGUCUGGGGAUGGCAAACUGGUUUCUUUGGAGGAGAUGGCUGGUUGGUGUGCUGGAUGGGGUGGGUGA